AUGGGGCCUCCUCUUUACCACCUAUCAGAUUUGGCCCUUCCCUCCUACCAAGGAGACCGCUGGGGGCGGUAUAGGAUUCGAACCCCCGAUAUCACUGCUAAGACCCUCCGACUCGCCCACUCGAGUCGCUUAGCCCUUCUUAGAAUUGGUAAUGAAGGUGUAUCAGGCUUAGGUUCUGGUUUAGCAAAUUGCAUUAAUCUCUCAAAUUUAACACUUGACCUUUCUGAAAAUUAAAUUGGUGCAAUGGGUGCAUCAGGCUUAGGUUCUGGUUUAGCAAAUUGCAUUAAUCUCUCAAAUUUGACACUUAACCUUAAGUAAAAACAGUUUAUUUGUUUUGGAUUGUGAUAGUUUUAAUUAUAAAAACUAAUUAAAAACAAUAAAGCUCUUUUUUCUUUUUCUUUUUAUUGUUCUUGUUUUUUUUUUGUUCUUUCUUUGUUAAUUUAGCUCAUCAUUUUAUUUUCUACUUUUGCUUUUAUUAUUAAUUAAUUAAUCUUAUUAUUUCAUAUCUUUUCUUCAUUUUUUCCUUCUAAUUAACUAUUUAAUGAUAUAUUUUUUCUUCAAUAUUUAAAAAGUCACAAUUAAAUUGGUGAUGAAGGUGCAUCAGGCUUAGGUUCU